AUGACCAGCUGUUAUAACAGUCAAUGGCUGCUGGGGAGGCGAAAGGCGCCGCUUUUGGUCGACUCAUCACAUGCUGCUGUCUUCUUCUCCCUUUCCACCACUUGCCGUUUCUCGUCCCAGUUUGAACGAGACCUUCCUGGCAGUCAAGCUGCUGAGCGUCGUCCUCCGAGUCGCCUCAGAACUGAGCAUGCGAGUGUGUCUUGUCCCAUCCCAUGCUGCCGUCGCAUUCUCCCUUUCCACCGCUUGCCGGUUUCCCAUCUCACCAGUUUGAAGGAGACCUUUCAGGCAGUCAAGCUGCUGAGCGUCGUCUCGAAGUCGUCGCUCGAUUCGGCCAAGCUCUGCGCGUGGCUCAAGAAGCUUCCAGCCGCCACGUCAGCAGAAGAGGCCUUCCAGAAGGUGUCGAUCGCCGCUGCGCUCGGCUGCAAGGGCGGCAGCGCCGUUGCCAAGGAAGCGGAACCUCUCUUCUCCACAGCAGCAUCCUCCUCGUCCCUCGACCAGCUCUUCUAUGCCGCAGCCGGCACCCAGAUCCUCAAGGCCAACAAGUGGAGCACUGGGUCGGUGCCUUCAGGCCUCAAGAAGGCUGCUGCUGCUAUCCUCGCGCUGAAGCAGGCGGAUGGCACGUGGGCGACGGGGAAGGACGGCCAGGGGGCGUCGUCCGUGGCUGCUGCGGGCGUGGCUCUCGAGGCACUGGCUGCACUCAAGGAGCUGGGAGUGGUGGACGAGAAGCAGGUGUCUGCGGUUACAGAUGCUGUCGGCUCGCUCUUCUCUCUCCUCACAACGGACUCGGACCCCAGUGGCAACGCUGUCUCCUUCUUCUCAGCCUCCCCCGCGGAGGGCGGGACUCUCGUCGCCACCGCCUCCGCCAUCACGGGCUACCUCGCGCUCGCCUCUACCCUCGCCUCCCCGCUCGCCGUGCGCCCCCCCAAGGUGGCGGAGGCGGGGCGCUAUCUGGUGGCGGCGCUGCCUCUUUCACUCGCGGAGGCCGCUGCAUGGGCGGAAGCUCUUGCAGUGCUUGAUAACAACCCCAUCUUUGUGCCCAUCUUCCUCUCGUCUCCCGGUCACAUCUCCAUCUCUGCAGACCCCACACUCACUGUGAGUGUGACAACAGCGCUGGGCGGCAAGGUGCCAGGCGUGGCAGUGAAGCUGCAGAGCGCCACCAUCGGGGGCGGCAGUGCUGCAUCAGGCAAGGAGCUCACAGCGGGCAAGGACGGCGUCUCCUUCUCCGCCAAGCCAUUCUCCAAGGCCUCCACCCUGGGGGUGUACACGCUCAAGUUCAAGAUCACCCCCCCUGCGGACUCGCCCUUCAUCGUCGGCAGUGCGUCAGUAGAGUGCCCGUUGCUGCUCUCCGCCUCCAUGGCUGUCACUGGCGUGUCUGUUGCUGUGCUGGACAGCGAUGGUGCCACUCCUGAAACCGAGAAGCAGCUGGACUUUGAGAAGAGGACAAACUUCACCGACCUCUCUGCCACCCACCUGCAGAAGCUGCGCGUCUCCCUCUCCCUUGCCACGCCUUCAGGGAAAGCCUUCGUUCCCCAUCAGGCGGUGCUGCAGCUGGUGAACGGCAUCGGCAUGGCCUACUCCUUCCUGCUCAAGCCUUCAGGCAGCACCCUCUCAGUCCACCUCGAGCUACUGGAGAUGAUGGAUCGCCUCUUCUACCACUCGGGCGAGUACACUCUGAAGCUCAUCGUGGGAGACCAAGUCAUGGACAAUGCAUUUGACUGGCAGCUGGGUUCUGUCGACCUCGACCUGCCUGCUGCCCCUGAGACUGCACCCAAGCUGCCCGCCCGCCCUGAGUCUCUGGCUGAGAGAUUCUCUGCCAAGCCCGAGAUUGCGCAUAUCUUCCGCAAGCCGGAUUCCCGGCCGGCGUUCGUCGUCUCGUACUCGUUUGUGGCGCUCGUGCUGCUGCCCCUGGUGGUGCUGCUCGUGGGGUUGGCGGUGCUAGGGGUGAACCUCAAGGCCUUCCCCUCCGGGGGUGUGCCUCUCCUCUCCGCUCUGGCUUUCCACGGGGGAAUCGCGGCUCUUCUGCUGCUCUACGUCGCUUUCUGGGUGCAGGUGAAUCUGUUCACCACCCUCAAGCUCAUCCUUCUCCUCGCUGUUCUCACAGCCAUUCCCGGCCACCAAAUUCUCUCCUACCUUGCUGACGUAUACCAGGAGGGGACGCAUUUCAUCAUCCCCGGUAUUGAGUGGCCCAUUAUCUACGACGUGCGCGCGCGACCGCAUCUCGUGGAGAGCACGUCCGGCAGCCGCGAUCUCCAGAUGGUGCGAAUCACCCUGCGUGUUUUGACGCGCCCCAUGUCGGACCGCCUCCCCACCAUCUAUCGCACACUAGGGCAGGACUAUGCAGAGCGGGUGCUGCCUUCAAUCGUGCAGGAGACGCUGAAAUCCGUGGUGGCUCAGUAUAACGCCAGCCAGCUCAUCACGCAGCGAGAGUCUGUGAGUCGGGAGAUUCGGCGUAUCCUGGAGGACAGAGCAGCCAGUUUCAACAUCGCUCUGGACGAUGUGUCGAUCACCAACCUCACGUUCGGGCGCGAGUUCACAGCAGCCAUCGAGGCGAAGCAGGUGGCGGCUCAGGAGGCGGAGCGCGCCAAGUUCGUGGUGCAGAAGGCGGAGCAGGACAAGCGGGGAGCUAUUAUUCGAGCGCAGGGAGAGGCCACGAGUGCGCAGCUGAUAGGAGAGGCCAUCGCCAACAACCCCUCCUUCAUCACUCUGAGGAAGAUUGAGGCGGCCAGGGAGAUCGCCAACACGCUGGCCAAUAGCAGCAACCGCGUCUUCCUCUCCUCUGAUUCGCUGCUGCUCAACCUGGCGGAUGAUAAGAGUGAUGCGCCGCCCGCUCCUGCUGCUGCCGCAGCUGGCAAAAAGAAGGUUUCCCUUCCUCCCAGCGGCCUUCCCGCUCAGCUUCCCACAACCACAGCCAUGUCUUCCAAGAAGAAGGUGAAAGAAGUGAAGGAAGAGAAGGGUCCCGCUGGCCCGCAGGUGCGAGAGGGCGAGAUCGUCUUCGGCGUCGCACACAUCUUCGCUUCCUUCAACGACACCUUCGUGCACGUGACAGAUCUCUCCGGCAAGGAAACAAUGUGCCGAGUCACUGGCGGCAUGAAGGUGAAGGCCGAUCGCGACGAGUCGUCCCCAUACGCGGCUAUGCUUGCGGCGCAGGACGUAGCAAUCAGGUGCAAGGAGCUGGGCAUCACGGGCCUGCACAUCAAGCUGAGGGCUACUGGUGGUAACCGCACCAAGACGCCCGGCCCUGGAGCUCAGUCCGCCAUCCGUGCUCUUGCCCGUUCCGGCCUCAAGAUUGGCCGCAUUGAGGAUGUGACACCUAUCCCCACCGACAGCACUCGCAAAAAGGGUGGUCGCCGCGGUCGCCGUCUGUAA